AGACGAGAGCAAGAUGGCCGUAAAGUGGUGACGGGUAGUGGAAUGUCUGGCUGUAAAAUUAGUGAUUUUCCCGAAUUGUGGAUGGCCUAGCAAUGGCCGAAUUUAACAUCGACAUCGGUAAACUUCCUGAGGAUGUGCGGGAAAAGCUUGCCGAGUUAGAACUUGAACUUUCUGAAGGAGAUAUAACACAAAAAGGUUAUGAAAAAAAACGCACACGUCUCCUACAACAAUAUACUACAAAACAAAUCGCAGGAGGUGGAACUGGAUCUGGUGGUGGUGGCACAGGUGAUAGCGGGGGUGAUAGAACGAGUUAUGGAAGCGGUGGUGUUGGUGGACGUCCACAGCCACGUGCAAGACGAACCCAACGUCGAGUCACACAUUCAGAAAAACGUUAUCACUCAGAAGUACGGCAGGAGGCAGUUCAACAAGCCCUGGCAGCAAUGCAGAGUAGACCAAAGCCUUCACUUCCAAUGCCAUCAAAAAGAACAUCCGUGAUGGCACGAAGUCCAGAUCGAGAACUUCGAGAUAGUGGCGAGUCUAGUAGCGAUGAAGACAGUGUUGUUACAGAAGAAUCACCAGGUGCUGGUGGUCCUACUGGAACUGGUCUUUCAGAUACGAGUAGCACAGGUUCAGCACGAGAUACACCACCACCGCCUAGACCACCAGCUAGAAGACCACCCCCAGCUGACAUCACUGAUAUUGCCGAGUAUACUCCGCAUGCCUACUGUAAUAUUCAGCCACCGGAUGUGACUCAUACAACGCAAUCAAGAAGACCCGGUGCUGACCGCGUUAAUCGGUACCAUGUAGUUGAGGAAAACAAUACAGGAACAACAGGACGUUGGAAAGUAUCAGCUAAAAUUCAACAACUCUUGAAUACAUUGAAGAGACCUAAAAGAAGACCUCUACCAGAAUUUUAUGAAGAUGAUGAUAUUGAAUUGGAGAUUGCUGCUAAUCCAAAAGAUCCAAAUGCUCCCAAACCAGAAGGUGGAAUUAUGACUUCAGCUGUUGGAGAACAGUUAUCAGUACCAUCAGGUUUGCCAAGAUCAUUGGAAGCUGCUAUUCAGAGGUAUGGUUCGGCAACAUAUAAAGCUUCAGCGGCAACAGUUUUAGAUCCUAAUGGGAAGCUCUGUGUGACUCUUACAUACGGAAAACUGCUAAGUCGAUCGCACAAAAUAGCAUAUACACUAUUAAAUAAAGCUUUGAGUCGCAACGUUGGUGAAUGCUGUCUUAAGCCUGGUGAUCGAAUCGCCCUUGUCUAUCCCAACAAUGAUCCUAUUAGCUUUAUGUGUGCAUUCUAUGGUUGUCUUCAAGCAGGAAUAGUUCCAGUACCAAUUGAAGUACCGCUGACCCGUCGUGAUGCUGGCUCUCAGCAAAUUGGCUUUCUCCUCGGCAGCUGCGGUAUACAGGUGGCACUGACCAGCGAGGCGUGCCUCAAAGGCUUACCGAAGACUGCUGCUGGUGAGGUCGUUGCCUUCAAGGGCUGGCCAAAAUUACAUUGGUUUGUUACUGAACAUUUAGGAAAAAUUCCAAAGGAUUGGUUACCACCUCCACGAUUAACUGAUGAUACCCCAGCAUAUAUUGAAUAUACAACUGACAAAGACGGUUCUGUGAUGGGCGUUACAGUGACGAGAGCUGCAAUGCUUGCACACUGUCGUGCACUAACGAUGGCCUGCGGCUAUACUGAGGGUGAAAAUGCUGUGUGUGUGCUAGACUUCAAACGAGAAGUUGGACUAUGGCAUAGCACUUUAACAAGUGUGCUUAAUGGAAUGCAUGUCAUUUUUAUACCUUAUGCUCUGAUGAAAGUUAACCCGGCAAGUUGGAUGCAAAUGAUAACUAAGCACCGUGCGAGUGUAGCUGUUGUAAAAUCUAGGGAUCUUCAUUGGGGUCUUUUGGCAACUAAAGAUCACAAAGAUAUAUCUUUGUCUUCUAUUAGGCUAUUACUGGUAGCCGAUGGUGCUAAUCCAUGGUCUCUUUCCUCGUGCGACCAGUUUCUCUCAGUUUUCCAAUCAAAAGGUCUUCGACCGGACGCUGUUUGCCCAUGUGCUUCAUCUAGUGAGGCUCUGACAGUCUCUAUUAGACGACCAGGACGUGCUGGCGUUAAUGCAACCGGUCGUGGAGUUCUUUCUAUGUCCGGUUUAAGUUACGGUGUUGUACGUGUCGAUCAAGAGAAUUCUCUUACCUCUUUAACAUUACAAGAUUGCGGACAAGUUAUGCCUGGAUCUAUUGUUGUCGUGAUAAAAAUGGAAGGUCAACCUUUCAUUUGUAAAACAGAUGAAGUUGGAGAAAUAUGUGUACACAGCUCUGCAACUGCAAGUCAAUACUGGGGAUUACAGGGUUUAACAAAUAAUACUUUUAAAGUAUCGCCAUUGCAGCCUGAUGGAACAGCUGUGGGUGAUGCUGAAUAUGCGCGUUCUGGCCUACUGGGUUUCCUUGGUCCUGGUGGUUUAAUCUUUGUCUGCGGCUCACGCGAUGGCCUAAUGACCGUCACGGGGCGAAAACACAAUGCUGACGACAUAAUUGCCACUGUACUAGCGGUAGAGCCUAUGAAAUUUAUAUACCGCGGAAGGAUAGCUGUUUUUAGUGUACGAGUUUUAAGAGAUGAAAGAAUAUGUGUUGUCGCUGAGCAACGGCCUGACUGUAGUGAAGAAGAAAGUUUUCAAUGGAUGUCACGAGUGCUUCAAGCAGUUGAUUCUAUUCAUGCAGUUGGAAUUUAUUGUCUUGCUUUAGUACCUCCAAAUUACUUACCUAAAACACCUCUUGGUGGAAUUCAUUUAUCUGAAACAAAGAGACGCUUUUUAGAAGGAACUUUACACCCAGCAAAUGUAUUAUUAUGUCCCCAUACUUGUGUUACCAACUUACCAAAACCGCGUGAAGUUCAUUCAGCGGGGGAUUCUGUUUCAGAUGUUGGUCCAGCAAGUGUUAUGGUGGGCAACAUUGUCCAGGGUAACCGACUUGCAUCAGCUCAAGGACGGGACUUAGGUGUACUCGAUGAAGAUAGCGAUAAUGCCAAAAAGUAUCAAUUUAUUUCUGAAAUUCUUCGAUGGCGUGCGGUCAGUACAUCAGAUCAUGUAAUUUUUACAUCACUCAAUGCUAAAGGAGCUGUUGCAACUUCUCUAUCAUGCUCUCAACUUCAUAAAAAAGCUGAGAGAAUUGGUAAUCUUCUAUUAGAUCGUGGAAGAAUCAAUACUGGGGACCAUGUAGCUUUAAUAUUUCCACCAGGAACUGAUUUAAUUUGUGCUUUUUACGGUUGCCUUUAUGUUGGAGCUGUUCCUGUAACUAUAAGACCACCUCAUCCACAAAAUUUACAAACCACACUGCCUACUGUACGCAUGAUUGUCGAUGUCAGUAAAUCUGUACUUGUUCUUACCAAUCAAAAUAUAUUGAAGCUGCUCAAGACUAAGGAAGCUAAUAAUGUAGUCGACAUAAAAAGUUGGCCAACAGUCCUUGAUAUGGAUGAUAUGCCAAAAAAGAAGUUGCCCGUGAUGUAUCGAGCACCCACUGCUGAAAUGCUUGCCUAUUUAGACUUUAGUGUUUCAACGACGGGAAUGUUAGCCGGUAUAAAAAUGUCACAUGCUGCUGUCACUUCACUUUGUCGUGCUAUGAAAUUAGCUUGUGAAUUAUAUCCUUCGCGACACAUUGCUCUCUGUUUGGAUCCAUAUUCAGGACUAGGUUUUGCUCUUUGGUGUCUUAGCAGUAUAUAUAGUGGUCAUCACUCUAUUUUGAUACCUCCUUCAGAAGUUGAAGCUAAUCCGGCUCUAUGGUUAUCUGCAGUCAGUCAGUCAAGAGUAAGAGAUACAUUCUGUUCUUAUGGAGUGAUGGAACUUUGUACAAAAGGAUUAGGAUCUUCGGUUCACGCUUUAAAAGCACGUGGUGUUAGUCUCGCAUGUGUAAGAACUUGUGUUGUUGUGGCUGAAGAAAGACCAAGAAUUGCACUUACCACUAGUUUCAGUAAACUAUUUUCUGCUCUUGGACUUAGUCCACGAGCUGUGUCAACAUCAUUUGGCUGUCGGGUCAAUACUGCUAUUUGUUUACAAGGUGCAUCGAGCCCAGAACCAUCGACAGUUUAUGUAGAUCUUCGAGCACUUCGUAACGAUCGAGUUUCUCUAGUAGAACGUGGAAGUCCUCAUUCUUUAUGCUUAAUGGAAUCUGGAAAACUUCUACCUGGUGUAAAAGUGAUAAUUGCAAAUCCUGAGACAAAAGGUCAAUGUGGGGAUUCACAUUUAGGAGAAAUUUGGGUACAAUCAGCUCAUAAUGCCAGUGGGUACUUUACUAUUUAUGGUGAUGAAAGUGAUUAUGCAGAUCAUUUUAAUGCUCGAUUGGUUACUGGAAAUACUGGUGAAGUGUAUGCAAGAACUGGAUAUCUUGGCUUUUUAAGACGUACUGAAUGUGUUCAACAAUCAGCUGUUGGUGAAGUACCUGGUGAUAAUACAAGUGCAGAUGUUGAUAUUGUACCAGGUGAUGCUGAAUUACAUGACGCUGUUUUUGUUGUUGGUGCUCUCGACGAAGCAAUUUUAUUGCGAGGCAUGCGUUAUCAUCCUAUUGAUAUUGAAAAUAGUGUAAUGCGGUGUCAUAAAAAAAUUGCAGAAUGCGCUGUGUUUACUUGGACUAAUUUACUUGUGGUUGUUGUUGAACUAAAUGGAAGUGAGAGCGAAGCUUUGGAUCUUGUUGCUCUUGUUACUAGUGCUGUUUUGGAGGAGCAUCAUUUAGUUGUUGGUGUCGUCGUAGUCGUUGACCCUGGAGUGGUGCCGAUCAAUUCACGCGGAGAAAAACAAAGAAUGCAUUUGCGGGAUGGAUUUUUAGCAGAUCAAUUAGAUCCUAUUUAUGUAGCGUAUAAUAUGUAAACGAGCUUGAGAGUGGCAAAAAAAAUUAUUAUUAAUUUAAUUUACAUUGUUCACUUCUUGAUAAUUAAUUGUAGUCAAAGACCAUUUAUUUUCAUCACAGUACAUCGACAUAGUUGAUUCGUUUUAUUUUUUGGACUCCCUAAUGGGUGAUAACAUUCUUAUAUCAAUUUAUUUAUCCAUAAUUAAUAAUUUAACGUAAUAUAAUCUUCGAAUGUGUUUUUAUCUUCAAAUCCAUUCAGAAUUAUAAUUUUAACAUUGAUGAAUGCCGAAAAUUAAACAUUUUUCGAAUAACGUAUUGAUUCGAGAGUAUUCAAGGGCAGCUAUUUGUAAAUUAUUGAUUUUUUUUUCUUUAAACUCCAUUUCGUAUUUGGAGUAGACUGAAAGAUCGAUCGGACAAUACAUAUUUAUCGUUUUUAUAGCCACGUUUAAUAAAAUAAAUAUUUAAAGUCACAAACAUUAAUUCAUAUCUAUAUAUUUGUAUUGAUCCCGUAAUCAAUUAGACUACGUAUAGUUUUCUCUUACCAUCGAUCUUAAACAACUACAUUAUUUUUACGUAACAUAAUCUGAUAUUUGUAAGCAUUAUAUGCUUUUCCUAUUCAAUUAAAGAGCUGAAAACGUAAAAAAGAUGUGAUCGUUAGCGCUUAAAUUUUACUUUAUUAAUAUUAUAAUUCAGGCUCAAAUUUACUCUUAUAAAUACUUAUAUAAUGAUAAUUCAGUCAAUAUUCAUUUAUUGUUUAUCUUUAAAAUAAAAAAACAAGUAUAUAUAUAUAUAUAUAUAUAUAUACAUAUUACUCGAGCAAUUGUUUUUUAAUUCUCUGGACGCCAUUUUAUCAAAAAAUUGUACAGUCGUUAGUUUUAUAAUUUUAUGUUAUUCUACAUUAAUUUAAUCACGCGGAUAUUUUUUUAUAGCACUGAUUGUAAGUUAAUUAUCAUAUUUUUUUUCCAUAUGUCAUCAAGCUAAACAGUGAUUGAGUAUCGUCGAGUGCAAUACAUAUAAGCUCUUUUAAUACUGUAAUCAUCGAUAUUCCUUGUAAAUAAUUCAAGUUAAUUAAUAGACGAACAAAAAUAAAAAUUUUUUUCGCCUAUUCUACGAAAAAAAAUGUAAACCUUUGUGCACCAUUGAAUUUCGAGAACUUCAAUUUUGAUAUUAAGUAUGAAAAUAAUUGAAAAAAUGUGCCAUGCCUAUAUAUAUAUAUAUAUAUAUAUAUAUAUUCAAGGCACGUAUAUUUUUUUUCUUUUUGUUUUUAACAAUAAACUUUCAAUAUUGUAACAAAUUGUGUCUAUUGGAGUCAUUAUAAUUAUUGUUAAUUAUCAGUUGUGAUUUACAUUUUUAAUCAGAAAACAAUUAUCAUUCAAAAUAUAUAAAAAAGAAACAUAUUAAUUUAUAAAGUAGUUGCAUUAAUGAUUAUUACCAUAAGAACGAAUAAUGUUUAUAUUUUUACAAUGAUCAGUUUCAUUUUAUAAAAUUUUAUUGUAAUAACAUAAAAACAAAUCUGAGAUAAAAAUUUUAUGGAAUAAUUAUUCUCAAAAUGGAAUCGCACAAAACUAAUGGAGAAUGCGUGCAUGCGAAAAAAAAGGUUUCUAUUGUAUGUAUAAAUGUUGAUAAUAAUAAUUGAUAGGAAUAUGGGA